AUGUCGUAUAUCGUGCCAAUUCACCGCGCUAGCAGCAUUCGCCAUGCACUGAAGCUGCGUUUCCUGAACGCCGAGGAAGAGUGCCUGGUCGUCGCAAAAGCGAAUCAACUCGAAUUCUACUCUGCCACACCCGAUGGUCUCGCCCUCGUUACAUCAUGCUCUAUAUACGCCCGGGUGACGAUGCUGGCAUGCCUCCCCGCACCCGCGGACUCCCCGACAGACCAUCUUUUCGUCGGGACCGAUCGGUAUUCAUACUUUACGCUUUCUUGGGACAGCGCGCGGAGUCAGGUCAAGACGGAAAGGAACUAUGUCGAUAUCGCCGAUCCGUCCUCUCGCGAAACACAAACAGGGAGCCGGUGCAUGAAAGAUCCGAGCGGCCGGUUCAUGACGUUGGAGAUCUACGAUGGCAUGAUCGUGGUUAUACCCAUUAUUCAACUACCCAAUAAAAGGCGAGGGCGACCAGUUGUUCUGCCUACUGGUCCGGAUGCACCGCGGAUUGGAGAGCUGGGUGAACCGGUCAUUACUCGGAUAGAUGAGCUUUUCGUGCGCUCCUCCGCUUUUCUGCAUGUGCAGUCCGGAUCGCCGCGGCUGGCGCUAUUGUACGAGGACAAUCAGAAAAAGGUCAAACUCAAGGUUCGAGAACUAAAGUAUAGCGCCGCGGCAGGCGCCGAGUCGGAGUUUACGAGCAUCGCGGAUUAUGCCCAGGAGCUGGACCUUGGGGCAUCACAUCUCAUACCUGUUCCUGCUCCACUUGGUGGCCUUCUUAUACUCGGUGAAACCUCAAUAAAGUACGUCGAUGCGGACAACAAUGAAAUUGUAUCACAACCCCUAGAAGAGGCAACCAUUUUCGUGGCUUGGGAACAAAUCGAUAGUCAAAGAUGGCUGCUAGCGGACGACUAUGGGAGGCUAUUUUUCUUGAUGCUGGUUCUUCGAAAUUCUGAAGUGGAGCGCUGGGAAUUACACAGCCUCGGAAAUACCUCUCGAGCCUCUGUUUUGGUGUAUCUCGGCGGCGGCGUGGUAUUUGUGGGAUCGCAUCAAGGCGACUCUCAAGUUCUACGAAUCGGUGACAAAUCGUUCGAGGUUAUCCAGACCUUGUCCAACAUUGCCCCAAUUCUAGACUUCACGAUAAUGGACCUCGGAAACCGUACCAGCGAAAGUCAAACGCACGAGUUCUCAUCCGGCCAAGCUCGAAUCGUUACUGGCUCUGGAGCUUUCGAUGACGGCACCCUUCGGAGUGUACGCAGUGGUGUUGGCUUGGAAGAGCUGGGUGUCUUGGGCGAUAUGGAGCACAUCACCGACCUGUGGGGGCUGCAAGUCGAAUCGAGAGGUGAUUUCUUGGAUACGCUCCUUGUGACGUUUGUGGACGAAACAAGAGUUUUUCGCUUCAGUCCCGACGGGGAGGCAGAAGAGUUGGAAAACUUCCUUGGGCUGAGUUUGUCAGAGAACACACUGCUUGCGGCAAAUCUACCGGGUAGCCGGUUAUUGCAGGUAACCGAGCAGAGAGUUCUCAUUGCAGACAUUGAAGGCGGGAUGACCGUUUUUGAGUGGACGCCAAAGAAUCAGCUCAUCAUCACGGCAGCUUCCGCCAACGACGAUGCGAUAGUACUCGUCGUCGGAGGUGAACAUGUGACUGUGCUGGAUAUUCGGUCAGAGGCUCGAGUCGUAACAGAAAAGGACUUUGGCGCGGACAACCAGAUUUCUGGCGUUACACUACCGGCAACUCCGACUGACGUUUGUAUCGUCGGGUUCCCCCAGCUGGCGAAAGUGUCAGUGUUGAAGCUGCAAGACCUGUCCGACGUUAACACCACGUCGCUUGGACCUGCUGGCGAGGCUUUCCCACGAUCAGUUCUUGUGGCCAGUGUAUUGGCGGAGCAUGCACCGACGCUCUUUAUCUCCAUGGCGGAUGGAAGCGUUAUAACGUACGACUAUAACCCCAAGGACCAUAAUUUGUCGGGUAUGAACAAGCUCAUUCUUGGUUCAGAACAACCGAGUUUCAAGAAAUUACCAAGGGGCAGCGGGCUUUCCAACGUCUUCGCCACUUGUGAAAACCCUAGUUUGAUUUACAGUUCCGAAGGCCGCAUCAUCUACUCUGCCGUCAACUCAGAAGGAGCAUCGCGGAUAUGCCAUUUCAACUCGGAGGCUUACCCAGAGUCAAUCGCGGUGGCUACAGCCCAAGAACUGAAGAUUGGCCUGGUGGACAAGGAGCGGACUACGCAAAUCCAGACGCUUCCGAUCAAAGCCACUGUUAGACGCGUCGCAUACUCUCCGUCAGAAAAAGCCUUUGGCAUGGGAACUAUCGAACGCAAGCUGGCUAAUGGAGAAGAGAUCGUAAAGAGCAAAUUUGUGCUGGCAGAUGAAAUUCUUUUCAGGCGUCUCGAUGCUUUUGAUUUUGGUCCGGAAGAAAUUGUGGAAUGUGUGAUUCGAGCCGAAGUCCAGGACAGCAAAGACGGUGAGGCACGGGAUCGAUUCAUUGUGGGAAGUGCCUACCUAGGUGAUGACGACAAAGCCUUCACUCUGGGAUACAUUCGCAUCUUUGAAGUGGAUAACGGUAGGAAGCUCACAAAGGUCGCCGAAGAACGGGUCAAAGGAGCCUGUCGCGCGUUGGCAGUCAUGGGUGAUAAGAUCGUUGCUGCGCUUAUCAAGACGGUUGUUGUCUUCCGAGUGAACCCUAGAUCCGGCGGACUGCAUCUUGAGAAACUCGCAAGCUACAGGACAUCCACCGCGCCUGUCGAUCUAACAGUCACGGACAACGUCAUAGCCGUCUCAGACCUGAUGAAGAGUCUCUGCAUCGUGGAAUACCAUGAAGGCGAGAACGGCGCCCCGGAUAAACUGGUCGAAGUGGCCCGACACUUCCAGACAGUCUGGAGCACAGGCGUUACGUCCAUCGCACCAGACACGUAUUUGGAAAGUGACGCAGAGGGUAACCUAAUUGUUCUCCGCCGCAACCGCUCCGGUGUCGAGGAAGAAGACCGACGUCGACUGGAAGUCACCGGCGAGAUCUCCUUGAACGAAAUGGUCAACCGGAUACGCCCCGUCAAUAUACAGCAACUCCCCAGUGCAACGGUCGUGCCUAGGGCCUUCCUCGCAACGGUCGAAGGCUCCAUCUACCUCUACGCCUCCAUCAACCCCGACUACCAAGACUUCCUGAUGCGCCUGCAAGCCACUAUGGCCAGCCGCGUCGACUCCCUCGGCGACAUCUCCUUCACCGAAUUCCGCGCUCUCCGCACCAUGACGCGUCAAGCUACCGAGCCGUACCGGUUCGUAGACGGUGAGCUAAUUGAACGGUUCCUAACCUGCGAGCCCGCCUUGCAGAAAGAGAUUGUCGAUAUUGUGGGGAAGAGUGUGGAGGAGGUCAAGGUCAUGGUUGAGGCGCUGAGAAGGUUGCAUUAG